UUGAGCAUCUGUAAAGGACAAAUGACCUACUGACCAAAGUUCCUCCUUUCCUUGCUAUUGGCUGAUACUGUUCAUAAAACAGAAUUAGCUGUUUCAUUUUUGUUUUAAGUGAACAAAUUGAAUUACAUGGGGAGGGAGCCAGGAGUCACAGAGGAGCCAGAAACCAGGGCAGCUGAAGGCAGAAACCUACAGAAAUAGGAGACAGACAAAAGGAAGCUAACCCAGGCCGAAGACUCUCUGGCUGCAUCUGAGCCUACAGUGAGAAUAUUCUUGACCUUAACUUGAUCAAUGAGAGAAAAUACUAUUUUCUACAUAAGUCUUCUGUCAUGAGCUUGUAGAACAACAUUUCUAUAAAGAACAGUUGUCAAUCUUGAAGAGAACCCGAAGGCGUCACAGAUUCGUCACAAAAGAAAACUUAUACCCCAGCCUCUUUCAGCUUCAUAUCAGAAAUGGAACUAAAUAGAACCUUGGACAACACCAGCGACAGCACCUGCACCAUUGGAAACUUCAAGAAAGAAUUUUACCCAGUCAUAUACCUGAUAAUAUUUGUCUGGGGAGCCUUGGGAAAUGGCUUUUCCAUAUAUGUUUUCCUGAAGACUUACAAGAAGUCCACAUCUGUGAAUGUUUUCAUGCUCAACCUGGCCAUUUCAGACUUCCUGUUCAUAAGCACUCUGCCCUUCAGGGCUGACUAUUAUUUCCGAGGCUCUGACUGGAGAUUUGGGGACCUGGCCUGCAAAAUCAUGUCUUAUUCCUUGUAUGUCAACAUGUACACCAGCAUUUAUUUUCUAACAGUGCUGAGUGUUGUGCGUUUCCUGGCCACCGUACACCCCUUCCAACUCCUGCACACCACCAGCAUCAGAGGCGCCUGGAUCCUUUGCGGGAUCAUAUGGGUCUUCAUCAUGGCUUCCUCAGCCGUGCUUCUCAAGCGUGGCUAUGAGAAAAACAACGAUAUCCUACUGUGCCUGGAGCUGAGUUCCCUUAAACUUACCAGGCUGAAGAUCAUGAACCACAUUGCCUUGGUGGUUGGUUUCCUGCUGCCAUUCUUCACACUCAACAUCUGCUACUUGUUGAUCAUGCGGGUCCUGUUAAAGGCAAAGAUCCCAGAAUCAGGUCAGCGGGCUUCUCACAGGAAGGCGCUGACCACCAUCAUCAUUGCUUUGCUCACCUUCCUCCUCUGUUUUCUGCCUUACCACAUACUGCGGACCCUCCACCUGGUGUGGUGGAGCCCCGGGUCAUGUGGGGAGUUGCAGAAAGCCACCGUCAUCACACUGGCUUUGGCUGCAGCCAACAGCUGCUUCAAUCCUUUUCUCUAUUAUUUUGCUGGGGAGAAUUUCAAGGAUCGAUUAAGGGCCAUAUUCAGAAAAGCUCUUGUUCAGACAUCAAAGGCAAAGUGCAGCCUUCCUUUUCGUACCUAGCUCAAAAACAGAAUUAAAGAGUGCAAGGAGCUGUUAGGUAGGCGUGUUCAUGAAUCUUGGUGGCCACCUUCAUUUACUCAGUCUCCAAACUACUAUUUGCGUCAUUCCCAACCAGUCUUGGUUCCCAACAUUUAACUGACCACAGCAUCUCUUAAUAAAACCUAUUUCAGAAAUUUCAUUAAUUUUCUUUAUUGGUUGAGACUAAAUGGGGAAGUGGGAGAUAAAUAUCUACUACAGUCUUGCAUGCCAUAAUGUGAUAAUUGGGGAAAUUUUUCAAGCAUGGUAGAUCCUUCUUUUCUUUUGGAUACUAUAGCUCUCUGGCCAAUCAGACUUUCAAAAUUCCCGGCUUUAAGACAUCCUCCCAGGUGAGGUACAGAUGCCUUUAAUCCCAGCACUUGGAAAGCAGAGACAGGCAGAUCUCUGUGAGAUGGAGGCCAGCCUAGACUACAUAGCAAAUUCCAGGACAGCUUGGGAUACAGGGAGAGUCUGUCUCAAAACUAAGGUAAAAACAAAGCAACUUCCCAAGCAUUUACAACUUUCCAUUAAGGCUCCCUUUUUAUUAGCUCUCUUGAGGUACAGGCAACUAACAGACCUACAAGGGGCCUCAGUGCAAUUAGAAAGGACAUCCCAGGAACUCAGGGGAGAUUUUAACUUGAAGAAGACUUCCCUGUCAUAAAAGAAGUCAGGGCCCAAACAAGGAUGGUGAAAGAGGGGAGAA